AUGCUAGUCAAAUUUUAUAUAAGGCUGAACGUAAACUACUUCAGGAACGUAUCAGGCAGUGUUUUUACUUGUAAGAAAAUUGAGAGUGAUUUAAAUCAGGUACGAAAGUUUCUGGGCGCGAACUUAACCGCCGAACUGUAUACGGAAGUGCAGGUGCUCUUCACGCAUGCGCAUGACAGAAGUUUUUCUGAAAGUAAACAUUCACAACGUGAGAAGUUUGACAAGCUUUUGGCGAACAGAAAUGGAACUGAGAAAGACGUUGACAGCACUCGAGGGAUCAACACAGACAAGUGGGUUGUUAACCUAUCCGAUCGUACCCUACAGGAGGACGCGAAGAGCGUCUUAAAACGAGGUAUGAACUUUUGUGUUACCCCUCCCACUGUACCUGUAAAUGAGAUUAUUGCUUCCACAGAGGCGGCUUGUUCACAGAUGAAUGACAAAUCGGCAGCUGAUAGUCUACGAGCUGAAGUCGUGAAAGUGCUGAGGCAAAGUAAGACCCCUAAGAGUAAUAUUUCUAGUGGUGAACGUAAGGCAUUGUACACCUUAUGCAAAGAGAAGGAUAUCGUCAUUCUACCGGCGGACAAGGGUAGGACUACUGUAGUCCUCAAUAGGUCGGAAUAUGAGAAAAAAAUGGACAGGUAA